CAAGGUUUCACUCCACUCUUGCUUUGAUAAGACGAUGUUGAGAUACGCAGCGCGAACUCAUACAUAUAGCCAGAGCAAGCAAGUCGAAUAAUGGAAUGCCGUCCUUCUUUAACUUCCAGCAAGGUUCUGAAGCGCGCGGGGGACUGGGCACUGAAUCCUCCCCUUUACUCGGACGCUUCCGCGCUGUUCCGGAUGCUCAGAGAAUAGGGCGGAGGAAUAGCUAUAGGAGCACUCUGUUUGGGAGCUUUGCUGGCCGAGGAUUUGGAUACUCGCGGGUUUUUGGCGAUGGAGAUGAAAGCGAUGAGGGCGACCUUCUGGAGAAUGAGGAUAUGGGAGCUUUGAGACGAUGGGGAAGAGCACAACGAGAUCUAUGGCUUGAACCGAAGCAGGCAGCGGUUGGAAAAUUGGUGGAUAAGUGGUGGACGAGAUGGGCAGUGUUGGUCAUCCUGCCGGCUGCGCUGGCGGUAGGCUGGUGUGCUCUGCCAUUCCCACAAUACGAUUUACCGGAUGAGGACGGAAUGCUAUUCAAAUUUGAUGAAGGGCACAAAGUACCAGGUCACGGAGAAGCCCGCGUCGAAAUAAACUUCUGGAAUUUCUUGUUUGUCUAUUAUGGAUUCUACAACAUCACGGCGUUGAUGUGGAUCACAAAAGUGUUCAAUAUCUACAGUCUCAACUGGUGGCCAGAAAGUUUUGGUUUCCCGUUGACCGUGUCGAUCAUCGCCGUCAUCUCUAUCGCGACGCCGAUCCCGAUAUAUUGCGUCCCUGAAACACGGUGGAUCACAUCGCACAAUACGGCUUGGAUUUGUUGGACAUUCUUCACCAUGGCGAUGCCCUUGAUAGUGGCUUCUGUGAUGUUGCUUUAUCACGAGCGACACCUCAGUCUCCGCACGUCACUGUCAGAGACGCAACGCAUUUUUACAUCCUCUUGGUGGACAGGGGACACAGAAACAGUGGCAGCACGAGACAGACCUCGCAGGGCUAACGUCCAGCAAGCCGCUUUCGACCCAAAUGCUCCUCUUGAAGUAGCCUUAGCCACAGACAACGUGCACCGGACUCGCGCUCAAGCAUUAGCUUUGCGGAAAAGAUGGCUACCAGCUAGCUUUCUGAGGUUCAUCUGGUUCUGCGCAGCGCUUUUUAUUGGUAUGCUGGCGUACGUAGUGGGAGAAGCCUACGCCGAGACGUAUUUGAGGACCUUGCCUCAUAGUACCAUACAAACCAUCGUCUACGUGUAUACAUGGGUCAUCACCGUUCAUUUACUGGAUGGGUUGACAGGGUGGAUAUUAGGAGGAAAUGAGGGUGAGAGAGUGGGAAGUUAUCCUUUGGGUUGGAUCUUCAAACUCUAUUUCUCUCUAACGUACCAAACCUACGUGCGCGCACUGUACGCCCGUCUCCGCUCGCCAUCACAAUUCGUCUACCUUCAAAUUUUAUCUUCUUCGUUCCUCAUCAUUCUCUUCCCGCUCACUAUGUCCAAACCUUACCACUACGUCCUAACGCUUCUCUCCAUCAACAACCAAAGUCUUUCGGCUUAUCAGAAGUUUGCAGCGAGGAACAUCUAUAUCCGUUCUCUUGCAGAAUGCGUGUCUAUGCUCGCCUUCCUAGGCGCAAUUCUCGUAUUGCACUAUGGGGCCAAUAAAGAUGUAUAUCCAUACUUCGCCUUCGACCAAGUCAUGGAUGGUCCGGGCGAUGGGCCACUCAGCGGUGACGGAUACGAUUUUGGCCUCACAUUUUACGCCUCAAUCGUCACCUUUGCCUGUGAAUUGGUAGCCGCGUGGAUUGUUAGGAGGAUUCUGUGGUAUGGUUGGAAAAUGGACGUGACAGGAGAAGCCAAGCAAGAUUUGGGCAUGUGGCCAGAGCUGCUACCCACAGGAGUAGUGGUGAUGGUGCACGUGCUUCAGAAUAUGUUCUUUUCGAUUGUUCGUUUGAGAUUUCAUUGAUUGCAUAGCUUGCAAGAAGGUUUUGGGCAUUCCUCAGCGUUGGAGUUGGAGGAGAUUGUUUUCGAUGCCCGAGCGCUUUUUGUCUUGGAUGCCGUUUCUCUAUACCCAUUGAUAGUUGUAAUUCAGGAGUAGUUUCGAUCCCCCGCUGUUGUGAUUCUUUUUGUUGAUUUAUAUAUUAUGAUCCACCCGGAAUCUCAACACACACGGGUGUGGUGCCUUUGGGGAGGUGUUUGGCGAUCCAAUCACCCCUUUUGGAACGGGCCCUUUACUUCGUACUUCCUUUCGCCGCAAUACUUCCGCUUGGCAUGCGGGGCUCUCCCCUCAGCCGCCUGAUCAGUCAAAUUUAUCAGAGAACCUCG